AGGGCUGAGCGGGAGCGACCUUUUAAAGAACUUUUGGGGAUGGGGAGGGUGAAGUGUGCAGAGCGCGUUGUACUUUUUCAACUCGGCGUUCCCCGGAGCCGAGGACCCGAGCGCCCCACGCCGCGCUACGUGCGCUCAGGGCGUUGGGGCCGGCCGGGGAUGAGCUGGGCAGCCCUCUCCCCUCGGGCUGCGCGCCGGGCCGCUCCUCCUCCUCCUCCUCCCCUCUUCCCCCUCCUCCUCCUCCUCCUCCCCUUCCUCCGCUCCUUUUCCCCUUCCCGAGCUGCCGGCUCUGCCAACCAGCUCCCAGCGCGAGCCGCCGCGGCCGCCGCAGCGCCCCGCCGCCAGGACCUGAUGCGCAUCCAUAUUAGCCGUCCGAGCGCAGGAAUCCGGCCCGACCCGCGCCGCCGCGCCCGCCGCGGAAUUUAUUUUUAACCAGCACCGCGGGGACUCGGAUGGUGCGCGCACCGCCGGCCAGAAACAUCUUCCCAGCGCUGCUCUCCAUCUUCCGCCCUCUCUCCCCCGACAUCCUCCCCCCCAUGUGGGAGGGGAAACUUUUCUUCUACAUACUUUCGAGUCCCUCUCGGGCCGAGAAGCGCGGAGAUGACGGCGCCCGCCCGCCGCCGCAAGGCUGCUCCGACUCUGUACUCCAGAAGUGGUGGCUUUGAGGUGUGACCCUGCCCAUGCCUGGGCCAGCGUCUGCUCCUCGGUAAGGAGGGCCAGCUUGAUAAGACGAAGAAAACAGUGUCAACAAGUGAUACAAGAGAAGAAAAAAAAGAAGUGAACACAGACUCAUUUCCUACUCCACGUGGAUGAUAGCUAUAGCGAGAGAAAACCUCAUAGUAUAUCAGUUGGGGCAGAAAAUGGAGUUCUAUGGCAGAAGCUUCUUAGAAGCUUAAACCCUUGACCCAAUGACGUCAAGUUCGCCCAUUGGCUUGGAAGGUUCAGACUUGUCUUCCGUCAACACCAUGAUGUCAGCAGUAAUGAGUGUAGGGAAGGUCGCUGAGAAUGGCGGGAGCCCCCAGAGCACCAAGUCCCCCACGAAGCCUCCAGGACCAAAUCGGAUUGGCAGAAGGAACCAGGAAACGAAAGAGGAGAAGUCUUCCUAUAACUGUCCCCUGUGUGAAAAGAUUUGCACUACACAGCAUCAGCUAACUAUGCACAUCCGUCAGCACAACACGGACACUGGAGGGGCAGACCAUUCGUGCAGCAUCUGCGGGAAGUCACUGAGUUCGGCCAGCUCCCUGGACCGCCACAUGCUGGUGCACUCUGGCGAGAGGCCUUACAAGUGCACUGUGUGUGGCCAGUCUUUUACCACCAAUGGGAACAUGCACAGACAUAUGAAGAUUCAUGAAAAGGACCCUAACAGUGCUACAGCUACGGCGCCCCCAUCCCCACUGAAGCGCAGGCGGCUGUCCUCCAAGAGGAAGCUGAGUCAUGAUGCCGAGUCAGAGAAAGAAGACCCAGCACCUGCUAAAAAGAUGGUAGAAGAUGGGCAGGCGGGUGAUCUGGAGAAGGUGGACGAAGUGUUUCACUGCCCAAUAUGUUUCAAGGAGUUCGUUUGCAAGUAUGGACUGGAGACCCACAUGGAGACCCACUCAGAUAACCCACUAAGAUGUGACAUUUGCUGUGUCACCUUUCGAACACAUCGAGGAUUGCUACGCCACAACGCGCUUGUCCACAAACAGCUUCCCAGGGAUGCAAUGGGAAGGCCUUUCAUACAGAACAACCCUUCCAUUCCUGCUGGCUUCCAUGACUUAGGAUUCACUGACUUCUCCUGUAGGAAGUUUCCUCGAAUUUCUCAGGCCUGGUGUGAAACAAACCUACGAAGGUGCAUCAGCGAACAGCACCGUUUUGUCUGCGACACAUGUGACAAAGCAUUCCCCAUGCUCUCCUCGCUCACCCUGCACAAGCAGACCCAUGUCGCCACGGACCAGGGACGGGACAGGCUGCAGGCCAAGACCCUGCCUGGUGACGCCCUGGACCAGAAGGUCUUCCUGGCCUUGCUGGGCCUGCAGCACACCAAAGACGUCAGGCCUGCCCCCGCUGAGGAGCCCCUGCCGGAUGACAACCAAGCAAUACAGCUCCACACACUCAGGUGUCAGCUACCUCAGGACCCCGGCUGCACCAACAUGCUGAGUCUGUCUCCUUUCGAAGCUGCUUCCCUGGGCGGCUCUCUCACGGUCCUCCCGGCUACCAAGGAGAGCAUGAAGCACCUGUCCCUGCAGCCCUUCCAGAAGGGCUUCAUCAUCCAGCCCGACAGUAGUAUUGUGGUCAAGCCCAUCUCUGGCGAGUCCGCCAUCGAGCUGGCUGACAUCCAGCAGAUUCUGAAGAUGGCGGCCUCCGCCCCCCCUCAGAUCAGUCUUCCGCCUCUCUCCAAGGCCCCUGCUGCCCCUCUGCAGGCCAUUUUCAAACAUAUGCCCCCUCUGAAGCCAAAGCCCCUGGUCACCCCACGGACGGUGGUGGCCACCUCCACACCACCCCCUCUCCUCAAUGCCCAGCAGGCCUCCCCGGGCUGCAUCAGCCCCAGCCUCCCCCCACCGCCCCUGAAGCUCCUCAAAGCCCCCGUGGAGGCGGUCCCCAACGCCCACCUGCUACAGUCCCAGGCCGGAGCCCAGCCAGACACGGCCACGCAGCUCUUCCUGCAGCAGCCGCGGAUGGAGCUGCCCGGCCAGGCCGAGAUGAAGACCCAGCUGGAGCAAGACAGCAUCAUCGAGGCCCUGCUGCCCCUGAGCAUGGAGGCCAAGAUCAAGCAGGAGAUAACGGAGGGUGACCUCAAGGCCAUCAUGACGGGGCCCAGCAGCAAGAAGACGCCGGCCAUGCGCAAGGUGCUGUACCCCUGCCGCUUCUGCAACCAGGUGUUCGCCUUCUCGGGGGUGCUGCGUGCCCACGUGCGCUCCCACCUGGGCAUCUCACCAUACCAGUGCAACAUCUGCGACUACAUCGCCGCCGACAAGGCCGCGCUCAUCCGCCACCUGCGGACGCACAGCGGUGAACGGCCCUACAUCUGCAAGAUCUGCCACUACCCCUUCACCGUCAAGGCCAACUGCGAGCGGCACCUGCGCAAGAAGCACCUCAAGGCCACCCGCAAGGACAUCGAGAAGAACAUCGAGUACGUGACCAGCAGCGCCGCCGAGAUGGUGGACGCCUUCUGCUCCCCGGACACGGUGUGCCGGCUGUGCGGCGAGGACCUGAAGCACUACCGCGCGCUGCGCGUUCACAUGCGCACGCACUGCGGCCGCGGCCUGGGCGGCUGCCCCAAGGGCCGCAAGCCCUUUGAGUGCAAGGAGUGCAGCGCCGCCUUCUCCGCCAAGCGCAACUGCAUCCACCACAUCCUGAAGCAGCACCUGCACGUGCCCGAGCACGACAUCGAGAGCUACGUCCUGGCGGCCGACGGCCUGAGCCCGGCCGAGGCGCCCGUCGAGGCCUCGGGGAGGAUCGAGGACGGUGGCGGGACCUUUGGCGAACGAAAACCGCUGGCCACCUUCCUGGAGCCCCAGAACGGCUUUCUCCACGGGGGCGCCUCCCAGCCUCUGCCUCCCCAUGUCUCAGUCAAGUUGGAGCCCGCCAGCAACUUCGCAGUGGAUUUCAACGAGCCCCUGGACUUUUCCCAGAAGGGCCUGGCCCUGGUCCAGGUGAAGCAGGAGAAUGCCGCCUUUUUCCUGAGCCCCACCUCCUCAGCCCCCUACGACUGCUCCAUGGAGCCCAUUGACCUGUCCAUCCCCAAGAACUUCAGGAAAGGAGACAAGGAUACGGCUGCUCCUGCCGAAGUCAAGAAGCCUGAGCAGGAACCGGGGAGCGGUGAGCGGCCCUCUCCCGGUCCUCCACCGUGCGCUACCCUGCCAGUGACUUUGGGGCCCAGCGGGAUCCUGGAAAAACCCGUGGCCCCUGCAGCUCCGGCCUCCGCAGCCACCACUCUGGAAGCACAUGCUCAGCCCCUGCAGGGCUCCGUUCAGCUUGCUGUCCCCAUCUACUCCUCAGCUCUGGUCAGCAGCUCCCCCAUCUUGGGCAAUUCCACCCUCCUCAGCAGCCCGGCACUGUUGCGGCCGCUGCGCCCCAAGCCCCCUCUGCUCUUGCCAAAGCCCCCCGUGACGGAGGAGCUGCCCCCACUGGCUUCCAUCGCCCAGAUCAUCUCAUCUGUGUCCUCGGCCCCCACCUUGCUGAAAGCUAAGGUGACAGAGCCGGGGCCCGCGAGCACUAGCAGCAAUAGCGCGGCUCCUGACGGCUUAGGAAGUCCUGUCCCCAGAGCCGCCACCGCCCCCACCAACACCACCAGCCCAAAAGAAUCCAGCGACCCGUCGCCUCCUGCCAACAGCCCAGAAGCAGCCUCCCCCACCGAGCAGGGGCCGGUGGGUUUGUCCAAGAAGAGGGGCCGGAAAAAGGGGGUGCGGAGCCGGCCCCGCUCCGGCAGCGGCGGGGUGGACCUGGACUCCAGUGGGGAGUUUGCCAGCAUUGAAAAGAUGCUGGCCACUACGGACACCAACAAGUUCAGUCCAUUUCUACAGAGCGCAGAGGACGACGCUCAGGACGAGGUGGCCGGAGCCCCCGCCGACCACAAUGGGCCCAGUGACGAGGAGCAGGGCAGCCCCACCGAAGACAAGCUGCUGAGGGUGAAGCGGAAUUCCUACGCCAACUGCCUGCAGAAGAUCAACUGUCCCCACUGCCCCCGGGUCUUCCCCUGGGCCAGCUCCCUCCAGAGGCACAUGCUCACACACACUGGUCAGAAACCCUUCCCUUGUCAAAAAUGCGAUGCCUUCUUUUCUACCAAAUCUAACUGUGAACGCCACCAAUUGCGCAAACACGGAGUUACCAACUGUUCCCUGAGAAGAAACGGGCUUAUCCCCCAGUCAAAAGAGAGUGAUGUUGGACCCCAUGAUAGCACAGAUAGCCAGUCGGACGCAGAGACCCCAGCGGUGGGGGGCGAAGUGCUGGACCUCACCUCCCGGGAGAAAGAGCAGCCCGCAGCAGAGGGAGCCCCUGCGCCCAUCCAGGUCCAGGAGGAGCUCCCUGCAGAGGAGGGGCAGCGGGGACCAGCCAGGGACGGGGAGGAGCAGGGAGCCGGGGAGAGCCAGGAGCGUGAGGACCAGCACAGCAUGGAGGAGAGGGACGAGGACGCGGACGGCCCGGAGGAAGAUACCGUCAGCAACAAGAGCCUGGACCUCAACCUUGCCAGCAGGCUGAUGGGCUUCAAGCUGGCGGAGGGCGAAGGGGGCGCCGCGAGCAGCGGGGGCCCCGCCCAGCAGGACCAGAAGCACGCCUGCGAUGUCUGCGGCAAGAGCUUCAAGUUCCUGGGGACCCUGAGCCGCCACCGGAAGGCCCACGGCCGCGAGGAGCCCAGAGAGGAGGGUACGGGCGCGAGCGGAGGGGCCGAGGGCCCUCUGCCCGUCCCCGCCGUGCCGCCCGCUCCUGAGCCUGAGGAGAAGCCCGCCAACCCCUCCUCGGAGGAGCCCCCGGCGGAAGAGGUGUCUUCAGCCGCGGAGAAGCAGGGCGAGGAGGCCGAGGGCGCCUCCGACGGGGAGGGCGUGGCCGAGAAGAAGCCCUCGGAGAAGAGUGACGAUGACAAGAAGCCAAAGACAGACUCCCCGAGAAGCGUGGCUAGCAAGGCGGACAAGAGGAAGAAGGUGUGCAGCGUGUGCAACAAGAGGUUCUGGUCCCUGCAGGACCUGACUCGGCACAUGCGGUCGCACACAGGAGAAAGGCCAUACAAAUGUCAGACGUGUGAGCGGACCUUCACCCUGAAGCACAGCCUGGUUCGCCAUCAGCGGGUCCACCAGAAAGCCAGGCACGCCAAGCAGCUUGGGAAGGACAGCGACAAGGAUGAGCGAGGCGAGGAGGACAGUGAGAGUGAGUCCACCCACAGCGGCAACAACCCUGUCUCCGAAAACGAGGCCGAAUCGGCUCCACCAGCCAGCAACCACGUUGCCGUCACCCGGAGCCGGAAGGAGAGCCUGGCCAACUCGACCAAGGAUCCCAGCCGCAGGGAGGAGCGGGCAGGGGGCCGGACGGCAGGUGCCAGCCAGGCUGAAGCCGGCAGGAAUGCCCCCAAGGCCACUCCAGCGGGCAGCCCCAAGGAGCAGGUGUCUCAGGGUGACGCAGACCCUGAGAGCCCGGCAGCCCUCGUGCAAGACCUGCCAGAGCUGCAGGGCAAGAGGUCCACCCAUCCCCUCCUGGCAGCAGACGGUGCCUCACCACUCCUGGGAAUGGAAUGACAGCUUGUCUUGUCCCCCCACCAGCACACAGACAAAGCCAGCAGAGCAAAGUGUCCUGAAUCUAUGUUUCAUGAGGUUUUCUCAGUGCCCUUCAGCUUUCGGGGAGUGAGAGAGAGAGUGACAUGAGCAGGAGCGGGCCAUCUUGUCCGGUGCCAUAGCCUUACAUCCCCGUGCGAGAGAUGCAGCAUGGACAGUUCGAGUGCCUUAACUACUCACCAGUCCUUCGGUGUCAGCCUGGGUGUUGUGUUUUCCCAAAAUGACUUUCUGAAAAACAAAGCAAAUAUUUUAAUGAAUUAUUUGGAGAGGACCUUUUCAUUUAAGCAUUAAUGUUACCUUCUGUAUUUGGUGUGUGUGAGCUUGUUCUUGCGAAUCUGUGAUAGUAACGAAUGUUCUGUGAGCUGGAAACAGAAAAAAAAAAAUACACCCUUGGAUACCCAUAGCCAAUAACUGGAAGAAAAUGAUGUGAAUUUCAUGUAAAUUACCAGAGGAAAUAUGGAUAAGAUAUUCUUUUCUCAAAUAGACCUUUUCUCUUGUUCUGUUUGCUACAUGGUGGAGCUGUGAUUGGGUCCUCGGUGUUGCAGGAUGUGGUCGAUGAAGGUUUCCAAUUUGGUGCAAGCCAAACCAGGAAAGAUUCUAGCUUCAACCUUGUACGUGUUUUCAGCGUUAGCCGUGGUAUUACUGUUCAAAUGUCAAGACAUCCGUUCUUAACUUGCAGAGAAGAGUUAUGCUGGCAACUUACCCUAUAGAAAACAUGCACAGAUGUCAUAUAUCUGAUUUCCCUCCCCCUUUUGGUAUAUGUAUUAUUAAUAUUAUUAUUAUUAUUAUUAUUAUUAGUUCAUCAGUUUGCUGGUCUCUGCAGUCAGCAGAAACAAAUGGGCAAUAUUUGUCCGGGGAGACCUGGGCUGCCGCUGGGUCCCCAUGUGGGCAUCUGCCCCCCGCCUCCCCCACACCUGGGUGGUAGCUCUUCCACUGUACUUAGACAAGCCUUUUUUCCGUGACUGCAGAAUCCAGCAGGGGCCAUGAACGGUCCUCCCACACGGCCGAAGAGCAGCUCAGAGAGGGGAGAGCAGGAGGCACGCGCCCAGGGCUUCUGAGAAAGUCGGGCAGCAAGGAGACCUGUCCCUUACCGGUCCUCCUGUCAAACCCAGCCCAAGCCUUACCCGCCUGUGCUACUGUCAUUUUUCAAAGCGAGGAAGUACUACUACUGGUAAUAAAACUGCACAUGCAAGAUUGAAGAUGAAAAAUAGAUUUGUAUUUACCUUCCUGUGAUUUGGGGUUGGUGCUUGAUGAUAAAUGUGCUGUUUCUAGCUCCUGAAAUAGCCUGAACCCCUGGGUGCAAAAAGGCAGGAUUUUUUUUUUUUUUUUUCCAUGAGCAUCCCAUACAGGUAAUCGAAUUCCCUCACUGUAGCCGCCAGCAGUGAAAAGAAAUCUAUCCUACUGUAGCUGAGCUUGUGUUCAGCAUCCGGUCCUCCAGCCAAGACCUCCAGGGUGCCCGAGCCUUGUGCUGCCAGGGGCCUCCUGUGCUGCUCCACCACUCAGCCCCUCUCACCUUCCCCCUGCAGGACCCCCAUCCCCACCCCUCCCAGGACCCUUGACCCUCCUAGCCCUGAGCACCGCCCCCCCCCACACACACUUUACUUACACUCAUGCACACAGAGACACACAGACCCUUUUCUCUCCGCUUCCUUAGCGAUUUCUCGUGGCCAAAAUCCAACCUCCCAUACUUCAAAGGAAGAUCUAUAUUCUUGAGAUAAUGAAAAGUGACGUCUUUGCAUGUGAAAGGAAAAAGGUUGAGGUAUAUAUGAUUUGUAACUGUGUUGGGGAUGUAUGAACCCAGAACGAGGUUUUAUUUAGAUGAAUACAAAUCAGAACCAAUGAUCCCCUGUAUCACUUUUAUACUAAGUGUGGUUUGCUUAGUUGAAACCAGUUCGUGCAUCCCUUCCAUUUUUUUUUUUUUUAAUGACGAUUGUUAUUGUUAUUUUUGUUGUUAUUAUUUGGGGUAUCUUGUGUUUUGUUUUUCUUUGCAACUCUCCACACUAAAACUCACAACCAUGUGGAGAGAAGCCAUGAGUUAACCCUUUACGCCGCGGUGAGAUGUAGCAGGAAACGGCCCGGCAGAACUGCUGGGCCACAGCUCGCAAUAAUCACUAUUGAUUUAAAGCUUUAUUUAGCCUCCAUCUGUACCCUCGUAGUCAAUAAGGUCUUGCCACAUUUUAUUAGUGAGGUUGAGAAAUGUAUUAUUUGUUUGUUGUUCUGCCCCUCCCCCCCCCAAUAUUAAACUGUGAAAUUUGUGAUUUGUUUAAACUCUGGGUGAAUCAUAGUUUAGUUUGCAUGUCCAGCUAAUUUGUUCCUAUACAUUUUGUUUGAUUCUCUUUCUCCUUCUCUCAGGGCUUUUACAAAAAAAAAAAAAAAAAGUAUAUAUAUAUAUAUAUCCAUAUAUAUAUAUAUAUAUAUAUGUGGAUCUUCUGAAAAGUUUUUUGAGGUGCAAGUUUUUUUCUCUUGUUUUUUCUCUUUGAUUUAUGGACACAAUGCUGAGAUUCAAUCACUACAUGAAACUCCUGGCUGUGAAAACAAAAUAUAAAACCCGGGGCUGUUUGCCAAACAGUCCCGGGGGAAGCUAUGUGACAGUCAGAUGCCAGUUUCAGAAAGAUACAUCAUACCUUCAAACCCCCCUCAUUUCUAGCCUCUCUUUCUUCAAGAAGGAAGUUGAUCCCAGUGAUUUCAGCCCAUGCAUUAAACAGGAAACAAUAAUAAAUAUGUAGAAUUCAUAUUUUUCUAAAGGGAACUUAAAAACUGCUGCUACAUGUUAUGUACAAAACCGGUUUAUGCCACAUGAACAGAAUCACGAGUUUGGUUUUGGUACUUUGUGUCCCUCUUUGUAUUCAGUUGUAUAAUACUUCCAAAUUCAAAAUGAGAAGAAAAGCUGUUCUGUAUCAAACCAUCUGAGCAAUAAAUGUUAUAUUUUAAAAAUGGCA